AUGUCCUCUUCGCCCGGUUCCUCACCGUCACCGCCCUCCUCACCAACUACCAUGAAUCGUGCAUCACUACCACGACUGUACCGAAUCAGGACGACAAGCAAACUACUGCUAACUGCUCUGAUAUUGUUCAGUUUGGCUUCCAUCUACAUUAUGCUGGACUCAUUCCAGCAUCAUCAAAGAGACGUUUCUGGAUGUCAAACCAGCUACAUGCGACCAGAAUAUAUCAAGCAAACUAAUUUUGAUAGCGAAAUGACUCGGUUUGCAGGAAAAUACGGCUUGUAUCUGUAUCGAGAGAAAGGAGUGGACUUUUCUGAUCAACCAACUGGCGUGCCAGUCCUCUUCAUUCAUGGACACGCUGGCAGCUAUAAACAAGUCAGAUCCUUGGCAGCAGAAUCCGCAUUUUAUUACUAUAGAAACUAUGUCCAUGAUGCUGAGAAAUGGCAGCAAGGCGUCCGUAACCUGGACUUUUUUACAGUGGAUUUUCAUGAGGAAUUUUCAGCGCUACAUGGACAAUCAAUAUUAGAGCAAGCAGAAUAUUUGAACGACGCUAUAGACUAUAUUCUCAAAUUGUACCCACAGACUCGAAAAUACGACGCAGAGACCAAGCUUCCAGACCCAACAUCCGUUAUCAUCAUCGGCCACUCGAUGGGUGGCAUCGUGGCUCGCACCAUGUUCACCAUGAGCAACUACCAGCACGGCACCAUCAACACCAUCAUCACCAUGUCUACACCCCACAUGCUGCCGCCAGUGCCAUUUGACUGGCAAAUAUCACAGCUAUACGACGACAUCAAUCACUUUUGGCAGGAAGGGUUCUCGCACCACGAUCAGCAAGUGGACGACAGCCACAAAUACCCGCCUCCACCACAUGUGUCUCUUCGGGAUAUUUCGAUUAUUUCCAUGGCAGGAGGCACACUGGAUAAUACUGUAUGCAGUGACUCUACUAAUAUGGGUUCGAUUGUUCCAGCAACGCACGGAUUUACCGUCUUCUCAACAGCCGUACCGCAUGUUUGGACAGGGGCAGAUCAUGUUUCAAUUUUGACGUGCAACCAGUUAGUCAAAGUUGUAUCAAAGACAUUGCUAGACUUGGUAGAUGUCAGACGAGGAACACAGACAAAGCCCUUGGAAGACCGUAUGCAGAUCAUGCGACAUGCCUUUCUGAGUGGCCUUGAGGACCGUAAAGGAGAUGGUUCGGAUGUGGAGCUAGGUAACCUCACGUUUUACAACCUUCAGCCAAACGAGGGUCUCUUUCUAAAGCCAGGCGAGAGAUGGGUCAUUGGCCAGGAGCCCGCAGCCAACAUCAUACUGCUGCCCACAGUAGCCAAUGCGGAUGCAUUUUCCAUCUUGUCUGACAGUGCCAUCGGAUACAGCGGCAGGUUUGAAUUGAUGCUGUGCUCCAAGGUGGACGGAUACGUUAGCAAUGCAACACGUGUUGCUUGUCGAUCUACAAACCCAAUCGCUGUGCCUAUCCCUGCUUCAACGCAGAACGACGUGUCCCCAUUUUCUGGUAAUACGUUUUCAUUCGCAAGCGUUGAGUUCAGAGAAAUGGGCGCCUACUCUUAUUUGGCGAUCAUUGACAAGGGAGGUCAGCGUGGCGGAUUCUUGGUGGUAGAGCCCUUCAAAAAGAGCACGCACAGUCAAGUGAUUCGACAAUCCAUGCUGUCCAUCGCGCUGGAAGGCGUGCAUGUCAAGACUGGCCCUGGCCUAUUUACUAGCAUCCGCAUUCCAUCCAUAGAAAGCCCCAUCUUGGCAUACCAUUUAAAGGUGUCCAGACCACACUGCCGCAACUACCCUACUCACUUUGCACCGUUCCUUAGACAGUCCAUCUCUACCAUGCAUGAAUCCAAGUUUUAUGUCAAUCUAGCAGAUAACAAUCAAGCAGAAACAGACGUCUCUAUCCAUGGCCGCACUGCAUUUGCAUCCAUUGUCAGCAAUUCACGUGAUAUCGAUCAAAACGGCCUCUCAUUUCAGCUGUGGAUGGAUCCUACAUGUCCUGAACCAUUGCAGCUGGACCUUUCCAUUGACUGGUACGGCAGUGCGGGAAGACUAGGCUUUCGUAAUGGCAUUAUGCUGGCUACGUUCUCUUUUAUCACUGUCAUGCUGGUGUUUGCUGCUCAAAUCAAAUGCUAUAACGACACAGGUAUCUAUCCCCAUUUUGGCCAGGGAUUAUCCUUCUGCUUUCAGCGAUCGUUUCCUUUGGUGAUGAUGUGUGUGGCCCUCUGCAGUAUUGCACAAUGCACAUCGCCGUCUACGCACUACACAUUCGACGAUCUGUGGUAUUUGCCUUCAUCCAAGCUCUCUUGGCAGGAUAUCAUGACUGGAAAUACAGAUGGCUUCUUUUGGUGGAUACCGCUCGCUGGUUUGGCCAUGAGCGUGGGCGUGGUGAGUUUGCUAUGGCUGAUAGUAGAUGGCGCCCUUCGUAUCGCUGCUCAUGCAUCAGCCUUCUUAUCAAAGCAAUGUGGAUUGACUAGUUGGCCCUCUCGCAGCCACGAAACGAGGCAGCAGCAGUUUCAGAGACGGGCUGUGACAACCUUGAUCUUGUUCUUACUGGUAGCCACAUUCAUACCUUACCAGUUUGUGUUUGUAGUUGCCUUUCUCGUUCAUAUAGUUACCUGUGUUAGAGCACUUGUCAGAUCAAAGGUUUCGCCAAAUCGCUCGGAUGAUCAAAGAUCCAAUCGCUACAAUUUCAUGUUUUCGAUAUUAUUACUAUUCUUUACACUGUUGCCGUUCAAUCUGCCCAUUCUGCUGGUUUGGAUCAGAAACAUAUCAGUGCAUUGGUUUGUGCCCUUCUCAUCCGAUCAUAGUGUCAUGGCUAUUGCACCCUUUAUGAUAUACAUCGAAAUUUUGACAGGCAACCACAAGAUGUUACCACGUCAAAAGAACAGAUUUUGGAGUGUCGUAACAUAUGUAAUCAUGUACUAUAUUGUUAUCUACGCCUUUCUGUAUGGCAUCAAGUAUACACAUUGGAUCUAUUUUUCGACAAAUCAUCUAGUGGUGUGGUUCUUGUUUCUUCAUUUUCAAGACUCGCAUUAUGGAAGAGUGUCGUUUCAUUAUUUGAUGGACCACCUCAUGCCUGGCAGUAAGAAGCACUCAUAA